AUGUACGAACAGGUGAAGGACACACCAAUGGAUUCGCCGAUUUCGGUAUUCAUCGCCGAAGCGGUUCUGCAACGGUUAGAAUCGCUGGUCUUCCAACAACACAGACCGAAAUUCUGCGCCCAGUAUGUGAAUGAAGCCUUUGUCGUUAUCGACCGGAAUCAACUGCUGACAAUCAAGAGACGUCUGAUUGCGGUCUUCCCCGGCAUACAAUUUACGGUGGAGGAGGAAGAGAACAACCAGCUGGCCUUCCUGGAUGUCCUCGUAUACCGCAAAGAUUGA